AUGCUUUCCCCCGUUAUCUUCGAGGCUCAAGAUCUCCAAGACUUUGAUAUUGGUGGCCCUGUAGCAACAUCCGUAUAUAGUAUCUACUUCAAAGCUCCGGAUGACCUUGGAAGUUCCUCCUCCUACCUGUGGACCUGGAGUCGCUCUCUCUGGAUCUCGUAUAUAGAAGUAUUGACUCUCUGUACCUUACUGCUGUACACCAUGACCAACCUACGAAAGUGGGUUGGACUGGACUUAAAAACGAGGGAUGAUCAUUUAAUUCCAAAGAGAGCCAAUUCCGAAGUCAAAUUAUUGUCACUUGGGAAUUGUUUCUUGGUCAUUCUUGGAGCUGCUACUCAACAAGACGUACAGAUAAGGACGAAGGUGUGUUCACUGCGAGUACUGCUGGUUGUUCUUCUUAUUUUCAACUCCUUGAUGAUGACUUCUUACACAUCUGUGCUAGUCAGUCGCCUGACAGUAGGCAACACUCACUCUUACUUCACCAGCCUAGAGGACAUUCCUGACAUGGAGUCUGUCUACCUCAGCAUGAGAACCAACAGUGCUGUCAUCUCCAUGUUCCAGGUAUUGUUCCUCUCAGUCACCUCACACUGUAGGCAACUCUCAUUCUUACUUCACCAGUAUUGUUCCUCUCAGUCACCUCACACUGUAGGCAACUCUCAUUCUUACUUCACCAGCCUAGAGGACAUUCCUGACAUGGAGUCUGUCUACCUCAGCAUGAGAACCAACAGUGCUGUCAUCUCCAUGUUCCAGGUAUUGUUCCUCUCAGUCACCUCACACUGUAGGUAUUGUUCCUCUCAGUCACCUCACACUGUAGGCAACUCUCAUUCUUACUUCACCAGCCUAGAGGACAUUCCUGACAUGGAGUCUGUCUACCUCAGCAUGAGAACCAUCAGUACUGUCAUCUCCAUGUUCCAGGUAUUGUUCCUCUCAGUCACCUCACACUGUAGGUAUUGUUCCUCUCAGUCACCUCACACUGUAGGCAACUCUCAUUCUUACUUCACCAGCCUAGAGGACAUUCCUGACAUGGAGUCUGUCUACCUCAGUAUGAGGACCAACAGUGCUGUCAUCUCCAUGUUCCAGGUAUUGUUCCUCUCAGUCACCUCACACUGUAGGUAUUGUUCCUCUCAGUCACCUCACACUGUAGGCAACUCUCAUUCUUACUUCACCAGCCUAGAGGACAUUCCUGACAUGGAGUCUGUCUACCUCAGUAUGAGGACCAACAGUGCUGUCAUCUCCAUGUUCCAGGUGAACGACUCCUCAAAAGAGUUGUUGCCUCGAUGGAACAAUGUUAUCAACAAAGGUCCUUGCCACCCUGACCCUAGGUCCACUGAGGACAUGGCAAGUAACAUAUGCAAGGACCAAUGUCUCAUAUUUGAGUCAGACAACAUCAUGAGUCGUCUGCUAGUGGCUGGCAGAGAUUGUGUCAUGCUGCGUAUCAGACCCAAAAAAGUCUUCUCCCAGAUCAGCAUCAUGUUCAAGAAACACUUUGCUUACUCCAAGAUCCUCAGGCAACAGAUACUCAAGAUGAAAAACACAGGCAUACUUGACUUGUUGGAGAAAAGAUUCCUUUUUGAGAAAGACAUUUCUCCAGGACCACAGAAAUACCAGGAAGUAACCAUUGGCCAUGUAAAAGCUCUGGUCGUAGUGUACGCUGCUGCCUUGCUCAUCUCAUGUAUCCUACUAUUUGUGGAAAAGGCUAUCGGGAAGAAAAUGGUGUUGGUAGCUGGUUGGAAAAACCAUAGAAAACCAUGAGGGAUUUUACGAUGCUGUAGUAGUAUACCAAAAUGAUUUUGACAUAGUUUAGCAUGUAAAAUGUCCAGUGUAA